AUGAUGAUGGAGGCUGCAGGUGACAAUGAGAAACCAAAGACACCCCCAGCUGGUGUUGUCAGUCCUCCAGUACCCAGGCCCCCAGUAGAUCCUAACAGACCAAUCCGCAGAACAGGUUCCAGAGGAAGACUGCUUCAUUCACUAAGCGUAGAGAGCAGUUCAGAAGAAAUAUCCCUGAAAACACGAUCAGGAUCUCUGCAAGAUGUGUCAUCAAGUGGCAAAGAAGAAGUAGCUCCAGAUGUGCUGACCAGGAGAGUCCACAGUGGACCAAAGGAGAGAGUAGGGCAGCUCUUAGAAGAGAGAGGAGUGGGGGAUGGGAGUGAGAGUGUUCACAGACCUCCUAGUGCUGUUACUACUACUUCUGUUAGCAGCCAGAUUGGAAGUGACAAUGAACUCCGUGUCAAAAGUGGUGGAUCUUCUAGAAGGCCUUCAAGUGGUGGUAAACCAGGGAGUGGUGGUAAACGUGAAGAAGAAACUCCAGCAGAAUCUCAAUUUUUCAACAAAAACAUUGCACCAAUCUUAGAGCAAAUGGCUGCUCUGAGAAAAGAAAAAGAUGCCACUGAGUUGAGCAACCUGUGUAGUAUGCUGUACUGUACACUGGAACAAGGCAACAUGUUGGGCAGGGCUUGCAAAAGACGGUCUGCUAUACUGAAAACCAUCUUUAAACUUCUUGAUUCUGAGUCUCCAGUGCUGAGAGUUAGGCUAGCCAAACUCAUAUUGGGGUUGAAAAUCACAGGCAACAAUCUGACAAGCGUUUGCAAACUGAUAUUUAAAAUCAGCAGGGAAGAAAGCAAUGACAUGCUUUUUAUUGAAGAGGAAAUGAUCGCUCCCCUUUUGGAUACCAUGUGCACUACAGAUCUGUCCACUUCACAGGAUGCACUAGUCUAUCUUCUUGGUGCUCUCAAGUUUCUCUCAGGAAAUACCACUGUAGGCCAGCAUCUCACCAAACACAGGGCUGUGGAGGCUUAUGGAAAGCUGUUAAAGGCCAUCAACACAGCUACUGCUGACAGUAAAGAAAAAAUGGGCAAUGUUCUAGUUCAGCUCACAGCAGGACUCAGAAACUUAGUUGAUAAUGAGGAAAACAGAGAGAACAUGGUCUCUAGUCAUGUUAUAGAAGAGAUGGAGAGAUCUACACAGCUGUAUAGUGCUGACAGUGAAGUGGUACACAAUAUUAUCAGAAUUUUUAGCAAAGUGACCCUGCAUUCAGACUGCUGCAACGCAUUGAACAGUAUUCCGUCCACAUACAAGUCUUUCCUAUAUUUGCUCAAUCAGUACAUCCAAAAACAGGAUCUUAUAGUACGCCUGACCUUUGUGAUAGGCAACCUGACGGCCAAGAGUGAUGAUGCUAGGCUACGCUUUUUUCAAGAAGAAAAUGCUUUCAAAACCAUCUUGAAUAUUUUCAAAACUUACUUAGAAUUGGACAUGAAGUCUUUCUCAAAACACAAGGAAGAAGUCAAGGAAAGUGGCACUGGCUCUAAACAUCCAGAUACUGUGGAAGACAUAAUGAUCAAAGUGGUCCGUGUAAUAGCCAAUUUGUCCAUAAAUGAAGAAGUAGGAAAACAACUGGCCACCAAUGAAAAAUGUGUAGAAUGGCUUCUACACAUUAUAGAUACAAAGGACAUGUCAACAAGUGAAGAGCUAGUACUUAAUUCGGUAGCAACAAUCAACAAUCUUUCAUUUUAUCAUGUGCCAGGCAGUGCUGUGGUUAAGAAACAGCAGCAGGUCACAGAAAGUUAG